GCUUAGAACAAUUAGAUAUGGUUAAUAUAUUUUAUAUAACAUUUUAUAAACAUGCGUUUUCUACUUUAAUUUCUAGUUUAUUUGUUGGUAAACAGUACUUAUCAAGAAAUGUAGUACAGUCUAUGUAUCGUAGAUACAAUGUAUGUUGUUGGUAAAAACCAUUAUUAAUAAUUAAUAUCAUAUAUUGUAUUCCAUGUAUACCACCUAAAAUGUAAAGUUUGUCACUGCCAUCGUAUAUUGUAAUACAUACAUAAAUACUAUGAGCCGUGAUAGACAAGUGGAUAUGACCUCUGCCUCCAAUUCUGAAGGGUGUGGGUUUCGAAUCCGAUCUGGGGCAUGCACCUCCAACUUUUCAAUUGUGUGCAUUUUAAGAAAUUAAAUAUCACAUGUAUCAAACGGUGAAGGAAAACAUUGUGAGGAAACUUGCAUAUCAGAGAAUUUGUGUGAAGUCUGCCAAUCUGCAUUAGGCCAGCGUGGUGGACUAUUGGCCUAACCUCUCUCAUUCUGAGAGGAGACUCGAGCUCAGCCGUGAGCCGAAUAUGGGUUGAUAAUGAUAACAACAACAUAAAUACUAUCUGAUCUAGACUAUACUAUUUGAUCUAUCACAUGUUAGAGGAGACUACAGCGAGGCUAAAGAGCAGUAUUGUUUGUGGCCAUCUCUAUUCUCUAUUGUUGACACAACACAAACUACACUAAGAUGCAGUGCUGCGUGCCUUUCUGCAUAAAUACUUCAGACAAUGCGUCAACAUCUGCGGGAACAGGAAUUACCUUUCAUGAGUUACCCAGUGAAGAAAAUCUCCGUGCAGCUUGGCUCAGAGCCCUCGGCACACAAGACCAUCACCUGCCCGACCCUGCUGUGGUCUGCUCACAGCAUUUUGUAGAUGAAGACUUUUAUAUAACAAAGAGUUGUGUAAGGCAGAUUCGCUCUAAUGCUAUACCUACAACAGUGCAGAUGUGCAUGAUAUGCCUGGACACUGACAGCAAGCUGUCUCUAAUGAGUAAACACAAGUUGGAGGAGGCAUAUGAACAGAUAACUGGACUGUCUUUGUGUCGUGGAGGAAACCUGAAGCAAACACUCUGUGUGCUGUGUGCUCAGAGAUUGAUUAACUUCAGUAGAUUUAGAGACUUAUGCUUGAGAGCCCAUUCACUGAUGACAGACUUACUUGCACAAGAUGAAUUAAUUACAAUACAACAUAAACAAUUGAUGAACUGCACAACAAAUCAUCUGAAGUUUAAUUUGACACAUACCACAUUAGCAGCUGAUCACUGUGACUUGUACAUAGAUCACAUUGAUGAAGAGGAACAGACAGCAGCAGAGGAAUCUGUAGUGGGAGAUGUUGAAACAGUUGUGGUAAAGAAUGAAGACAGUUUUUGCUCCAUGCCAAAUGCUGAUUGCAUGGAAUCGAUUCAUAAAGAUGACAAUUUCAACAAUGACUGUGUUUCUAAUAACAAUUACUACAAUAUAAGCAUAAAGUUGGAAACAUGUUCACCAAAUGAAGAUAUAAAUGAAUCACUUCAUGCAGAAGCAGGAGCUUCCUGCACUACAGUUCCAGAACACGUGUCCGAAACAGAGAAUUUCAUUAAGAUUGAAAGUGUUACAUUUGGCUGUACGCUUUGUUCUGAAGACUUUAUGCAAGAGAAUGAAUACUAUGAACACAUGAGCAAGCAUCUCAAGAAUGCUGGAGACGACGAUGCAUCACAAGUGUGCGAGCCUCGUGCAGCUGUGAGCCGCAGCGGUGACUCACUCGUGCUGCAGAACAAGACAGGAAGUCGGAGGCUGAAUGAUGUUCCUCCCCCGGCUGCAGGCUGCGCUCAGGCUUUAGUCGCUCCACUGUCCGCGAGACUUGCGGCAAACAACGACCACACAGUGCAGGCAACUGAAGAAGCAGCUGCGACCCGGAAAACUGAACAAAUCCUUGAGACUGACAUUGGCGAACUGAACAAGCAAUCGUCUCAGAGCGGCACCAAAGUAUACACAGAUAUAAAUAGAUUCACAAACUGUGUAGUACAAAGGUAUGAUAAUUUGAAGAAACCCAAGAGAACUGUACUAGAUGAAAAUCAGCGCACCAAAACAUACACUGACGACAAGCUUUAUUCUUGUGAGACAUGCAAUUGUAAAUUUACACGAAAAAGUCAUUUAGUAAUGCAUAAGCGAACCCACACGGGCGAAAAGCCUUAUUCUUGUGAGAUAUGUAAUUACAAAUGUGCAAGCAAAUAUAACUUAAUAAUACAUAACAGAAAACAUACUGGUGAAAAACCCUAUUCUUGUGAGAUAUGCAAUUGUAAAUUUGCACAAAAGAGUAAUUUAUUUAUGCAUAUACGAACCCACACGGGCGAAAAGCCCUUUUGUUGUCAGGUGUGUAAUUAUAAAUGUGCAAGAAAAGAUAAUUUUUUGGAUCACUUGAAAACGCACACUGGCGAGAAGCCUUUUUGUUGUGAGACAUGCAAUUAUAAAUGUGCACGGGUUAGUGAUCUAAAUAGGCAUAGAAGAACCCACACUGGUGAAAAGUCUUAUUCUUGUGAAAUAUGCAAUCACAAAUUUGCAGACAGUAGUAACUUAGUGAGACAUAAGAAGAGAUUCCACACUGAUACUAAGCCUCAAGAAUUUUAAAAAAAGAGUUACCUAUAUACAAGAACUUGUUGGAAAAGCUGAUUUGCCCGAGCACCUGUGCACUGACAAGGGUGAAGUCUUUCUCGUGAGAUAUAUGUAUAUAUUAUGUCGGAGAAAACGGGUAUCACAUUUGAAGCGGUUGUCAGCAAAACACAAUUACUGAAUGAAAGUCUGUCAGGUCUAACAAUACCUACUAAGAAUGUUACAAAUAAACAAUGAGUGGCAGAGAAUGACCUUAAGUGGAGUCACGCACUUGUGAACGAUGUGUGUAGGGUUAAAAGCGCCUUUGAUAGUUAUCAAAAACCUCCUUUUCCACUCAAGUCACUCUCCCCGCCUAUCCCAUAACAACUCAUAAAGGAUUAUUAUUCAACAAAAGUGUGGACGGGUCGAACGCCACGACAAGAAUGAGCUAGACGACGAGAGAUCAUCCACGCAGAUCCUCCCGAUAUUUCACACAAAAUAUAAUAUAAAUCACUAA